GAACUCAGAGGACACAAUUGAACUUUAGUCACAGUCAAAUCUUUAAAUUUUAACUGCCUUUUUUGGAGGGGAGGGAUAGAGGGGUGCAUCUCCUUGGAGAAUGCCACAGUAUAAAAGUCUGUCCUCUAGUGGUGCUCGUCCCACAACUCAGGCGCCAAAAACCAACACACAAUCAAGGAUCAAGCUCCACCAUGGUGCACAGAGUAGCAGUGAUCGGGGCAGGCCCCUCUGGUCUGACCAGCGUCAAGGCCUGUCUGGAUGAGGGCAUGGUGCCAACCUGUUUUGAAAGCAGCGACGACAUGGGUGGACUGUGGAAGUUCAAGGAAGUGUCAGAGCCCAACAGGGCCAGUAUCUACCGUUCACUCACCAUCAACAUCUCCAAGGAGAUGAUGUGCUACAGCGACUUCCCCAUCCCUGCCGAUUAUCCCAACUACAUGCAUCACUCGAAAAUCCUGAAGUAUUUCAGGAUGUAUGCAGAGCACUUUAAAGUGCUGCAACACAUUCGCUUCCAGACCUCAGUGAAGAGUGUCAGACAGAGACCAGACUAUUCUCGCACUGGUCAAUGGGAAGUGGUGACUGAGAACAGAGAUGGACAGGAGGAGAGGCAUGUCUUUGAUGCAGUGAUCUGCUGCGCUGGUCACUACACCUACCCUAACCUGCCGCUCAAAGACUUCCCAGGAAUUGAGACGUUUGAAGGGAAGUACCUCCACAGCUGGGACUACAAGGGGCCCGAGGACAUGCACGGGAAGAGAGUGGUGGUCAUCGGUAUCGGUAACUCUGGAGGUGACAUCGCCGUGGAGAGCAGCAGAGUGGCAGAGCAGGUGUAUAUGAGCACUCGUCGUGGUGCCUGGGUGAUCCGUCAGGUGUCUGACAACGGCCUGCCAGUGGACAUGAAGUACAACACGCGCUUUGUCCACAUCUUGUUCCAGCUGUUGCCAAUGAACAUCCUCAACUGGAUUGGCGAGCAGAAGCUCAACGCCAUGUACGACCACACCAUGUAUGCCCUCAAACCCAAACACAGACUCUUCAGUCAGAUCCCAGUGAUCAACGACGAUCUGCCUCUCAGGAUUCUGUCUGGCUCGGUAAUUCUCAAACCAAAUGUGAAGGAGAUCCGUGGCUCCACCGUGGUGUUUGACGAUGGCAGCAUUGUGGAGAAGGUGGACACCAUUGUGUUCGCCACAGGUUACAGCUAUGAUUUCCCAUUCUUGCCGAGCAACACCAUGUACAAGUCUGGACACCGUGUUGGUCUGUACAAGCACAUUUUUCCUCCCAACUUGGAGCAUCCCACUCUGGCUGUCGUGGGUUUCAUCCACGCCCUGGGCGCCAUCAUGCCCCAGGCUGAGAUGCAGGCCCGCUGGGUAACCCGAGUCUUCAAAGGACUGAACAAAUUACCUUCAAACCGGGCAAUGAUAAAGGCUGUAGAGCAGGACACCAAGGACAUGGAGAAAAGCUACAUUACGUCAAAGUUGACACCCCUGCAGGUGGACUUUGUCACCUACAUGGAUAACAUUGCAGGAGAGAUCGGUGUGCGUCCAAGUCUCCUCUGGCUCCUCUUCACAGACUACCCACUGUUUAAGAGGGUUCUGUGGGGACCCGUCACGGCUUACCAGUACCGGUUGAUGGGACCAGGGAAGUGGGAGGGAGCCCGCAGAGCAAUCUUCACCCAGUUCGACCGCAUGUACCAGCCCCUAAAAACCAGACAGCUGCAAGAGCAAGAGGCCUCCAUCACUGGCCGCCUGUUUAAGUUGAGCCUGACCAUCAUGGCUGGAGCAGCUUCCGUCUACUCCAUCCAUGUGCGCAACCCAACCACCAUCCCAACCCUCCUGUCCAAGCUCCGCCCACAAACAAUCUAAACAAGCUCCAACACACACAACAAAACACAUCUAUUUCAAUAAACUCCUCUCCGGGUCGUGAUAAUGGGAAUGAUUAAAUGGAUCUCUAGCUGUCUGACCUGCUGAUUUAUUUGCUAGGGAUAUUUCAGUAUCUACAUAUUUAUUUAGUUUUAUUUACAUGCUUAAUCUUAUAAUAUGGCAACUGUUUAUCCUAAAAUAUAUCCAAAUGUAACCCCCUUUACAAAAUAUGUUUUAGAGGAAAUACGUUUUCCGGAUUGUUGAGGUCAAGAACUGCCAAGCUUAUUGGAUGUAUUCACACCAUAUCCAACCAAAAGUCACCAUGAAUGUGGAGUUUUUUCCUGUGUGAAUAAACCAAUAUUUUAGACGUCUCA